CAUGCUUGCAAAACCAUAAUCAUAGAUGACAUUUAUAUCGUGACAAAAAAUUAUUCAUUGAACUGGCUUGAAAACCUGGCUAAGCACUUCAUCCGUUCCAUAUAAGUGUCACAAUAUGUAUCUAGACUUGUUUUACAUGCGACAAAGUUGACACUGGCACGGAUAGAGUAUGGGAGUAUAUCACUGUGAACUAGUGCUCGUAAUAACAUGUCGGACUCCAUGAGAUGCAAAAGUUAACAUGACAUGGUAUAAACUGGUGUUUUGCCGCGCAUUAGUUUAAUCUUGGAUCACACGAAAUCUGGCAUCCACGUAACUCAUCAGCUUACCAACCCAAUCUUGUUUCUUUUGGUGCUGUGUCAGCAUAAAUCAGCACAAACAGCCACGGAGACCGCCCGAACAACAAACACGUGCUCUCUCAGCCGGCUUCCUGUGCUUCCGUCCACGCUUUGCUAAUUGCUUACUUGACCUGUUCCCCGUCCUCUUCAGUUAUGAUCCUGUUCUUGGUGGGUGGUGCCAAGAUGGAAGCUGCUUGACGUUUGUGUCGAUGCGGGAACGGAAGGUAGCCGCGAGACAACAAAACCAGCUUUUGCUCGGCGCGCGAGAGGCCGCGCCGCGCAUCUCCCCCACCUCUCCGCCCAACAACGGCAAGGUCCGGGCUUCUGCGACUCCACCCACACACACACACACCCCCACGCGAUCCCCGCUGCCUGCUUCACUGCUUGAGCAAAACAAUAUUAAAACAUCUCAGAUCUCCCCCACGUUGCGCAAGCCAGCCCCGUUGAAAUGGUCAAGGGAGGUCUGCUUCUGCUCAAUUUGUCCUGCACCGCGCUCCAGAUCACAGGCUCGACUCCAGACACAAGUUCAGCUUCAACACCCAGCUGCACGCCCGCCGGGAAAAUGGCUUCCAGCGACGCCGGCGCCGCCGGCGCGUGCGAGGCCGUGAAAAUCGAGCUCCUCCCCUUCAUCCGCGUCUACAGGAGCGGCCGCGUCGAGCGCCUGCUGGGCACGGCCACCGUGCCCGCGUCCCUCGACGCCGCCACGGGCGUGGCCUCCAGGGACGUCGCCAUCGACCCCGCCACGGGCGUCUCCGUCCGCCUCUACCUCCCGCCUGCGGCUACCAGCAGCGGCCGCGGCGGCAAUAACAAGCUGCCCGUCCUCGUGUACUUCCACGGCGGCGGCUUCAUGGUCGAGUCGGCCGCGUCCCCGACGUACCACCGCUACCUCAACGCGCUCGCCUCCCGUGCGGGCGUCCUCGCCGUGUCCGUCGAGUACCGCCGCGCGCCCGAGCACCCGCUCCCCGCCGCCUACGACGACUCGUGGGCGGCGCUCGCGUGGGCGGUCGCCGGCUGCGAGUCCUAUUCCUCCAAUCCAUGGCUCUCGGCGCACGGGGACAAGUCCCGCGUGUUCCUGGCCGGCGACAGCGCGGGCGCCAACAUCGCGCACAACGUCGCCGCGCGCGUCGCCGCCCAGGGCCUCCCAACGCCGGGCGCGGCAGCCAUCGUCGGCGUGCUGCUGGUGCACCCGUACUUCUGGGACGCGUCCAACGCCAUGGGGCCGGAGCUGGAGACGAGGAUCCGCGGCGAGUGGCGGUUCACGUGGGCGCGACCGGAGGCCCAGGUGGACGACCCGAGGCUGUGCCCGACGUGUGCGCCCGGGGCAGCGCCGAGGCUCGCGGCGCUGCCGUGCGAGAGGGUGAUGGUGGCCGUGGCCGGGGAGGACUUCCUGGCGGCGAAAGGGCGGGCGUACUACGCGGCGCUGCUGGCGAGCGGGUGGCGCGGGGAGGCCGAGCUGGUCGACACGCCGGGGCAAGGCCACGUGUUCCAUCUCCUGCGCCCGUGGACGGAGGCGGCCGCGGAGAUGUUGGACCGCGUCGCGGCUUUCAUCGAUCGUGCUUGACUUUUCGCUUGCUCCCCCUUUCAACUUUGUGCCUUGUGAGUGUGAAAUCGCGAGUAAUAAUUGAGCACUUUACUUAAGUUAGUCAAGUCUGCAGAUCGCUGCUCCGUCUGUUCCUAAUCAAUUGACGUCACGUUUAAUUGAAGAUGUGAACCGCAGGUUUAUUCCUUAAAUUUACAAGAGUUUCUUUGCAAAA